AUGGUCCAAAAUGAAUUUGCUUUCCCUUGCGGCAAUGUGGGCUGCAACCAUUUCUUCAAGACUACUGCCGGUCGCACAAAGCAUAUUCUUUCUGCCCACCCUAUUGUAUCUCCUCCAGCCUCUCCAGAACCACACAUAAGCCACCCCAACGACAUCACCAACAAUCCUUUUCAGGACGAUGAGCUUCUAGGUCAACCGAAUGGUGAUGAUGAUGAGGCAUUACGAGCUUCUCCUCCUCCCAACGUACACACAGAAUUCUUUGGACCUGGAAACUUGCUCUAUCACAACUACCAUACAUUGUUGGAUGGUCGAUCUUGUGAUAAACAUGGCCAUUUUCUCCCUGAGGGUACACCACCUCCACCUCCUGAGCCCAAGUCACCGAAUGAUUGGACACCGUUUCGAAAUCGUGCAGAAUUUGAAACAGUCGAGUUUUUCUACAUAAAAAAUCAGACGCCAGCAGGACAAAUUGACCAUCUUCUCAACCUGUGGGCGACAACACUUUUAAAAUCCGGCGGCAGCCCACCCUUUGCAGAUCACAAAGACCUCUAUGCGACAAUCGAUUCAAUUGCACUAGGCAAUGUGAAGUGGGAGGGCUUCUCAUGCACAUACACAGGUGAGAAACCUGACGGCUACCCACCCUGGAUGGACAGGACUUAUGAUGAGGUUGUUCUCAACAUGUUGGUGAAUCUGGCAUACGCUAAUGAAAUGGAUUACCGGCCUUAUUAUGAAUGGCAGUUACAAGAUUUUAUGUCGGCUGAUUGGGUUUGGAAUCAAGCAGAUAUCAUUGCUGGAGACCCAGAAACAAUUGGCUCCACCUUUGUGCCCAUCAUCCUCGGAAGUGACAAGAUGACGGUUUCUGUUGCGACGGGCAACAAUGAGUACUACCCACUUUAUCUUUCAAUCGGAAAUGUUCAUAACAAUAAACACGCAGAUAACCCAAAGUUUCGCAAAUUCCAUCGCCAAUUAUUCCAUUCAUCGCUGUCUAGGAUACUCGCAUCACUUCGGCCUGGGAUGUCAAAACCUGAAAUCGCGAAAUGCAGCUCUCAUCGUGAUAAUCUCGAUGCUCCCUCAGUCCUUCGGUGCCGCGAAUACCAUGAAGCCCUGUUUGAAGUGGGUACUUAUGGAGAACUGUGGACAGAGUUUGGAAUAGUCGCUGAUUUAAUUCCUUUCACAAACGACUUCCCACACGCCGACAUUCAUGAAACAAUGGCCCCAGACAUCCUACAUCAAGUUAUCAAAGGCGCCUUUAAGGACCAUCUUGUGGAUUGGGUGGAGAAAUACCUUGUGCUUACUCACGGGAGGACUGAAGCGGACCAUAUCUUAGAUGAUAUUGAUCACAGGAUUGUGACCGUUGCCUCAUUUUCUGGUCUGCGCCACUUUCCGCAAGGACGCAGCUUCAAGCAAUGGACGGGGGAUGACUCCAAAGCCCUCAUGAAGGUGAAUUUGGUCACUGUACCGACAGAUGUUGUUCGCCGCGCAUUCCAUGCAUUGCUAGAGUUCUGCUACCUUGUACAUCAAAACACCAUCACAGAGCGCACCCUGGACAAAAUUCAAGAUGCCGUCUCUCGUUUCCAUCAAUAUCGUGAAGUUUUCAAGACUUCUGGUGUCAUUCCAACGUUUUCACUGCCACGACAACACUCUCUUAUGCACUACUGCACAUUGCUUGGUCAGAUGCUGGUCACAAACCAGCAUCUUAGUAAACUCGCCGCUGCACGUGUUGAUUUUGAAAGCCAUGGAAUGUUGAAGGGUACCUGCCUUUCAGCCGAACUCGAGGCUCUCAGUGCUACUAAUGCAUGCUUAGGUAUGUCAGACAAUCCCGAUAUCCCUAAUGAUGAAGACCCCAAUGACCCCCCACCAAACCAAGCGAAAACAAAGUGUGCCCGCAAUGUAUUGGCUCUCACUGACGAAUUGCACCUUCCAUCUCUCCCUGCCUUAAUCCGCCACUUUCUUUACGAGCAAACACGCCCAGACAACACACUUGACAUGUAUGACAUCCCUCUUGCUGCCUGCCCCAGGUAUGAAGGAAAGAUAUCAGUCUUCAACUCCCGUGUGCUCAAGAUUCUACGCACCAAGAAUCCGAGGGCUCGAUGUUGCAAGGGUUCGGGCAUUUUUUCAUUCAAUUAUGCAGGAACAGUGUACCCAUGUGCUGUUGUGUGCUGGUUCAAUGUCAUUGGGGGCUCGCCUGACCCAGAGACGGGAAUGUGGGUGGUUUGCCCAGCCUACAAUGCCAACCGUGCGCCUACACACACUAUCAUACAUGCGGACACCAUCUACCGUGCUGCUCACCUCAUCCCUAUCUACGGCAACCAAUUCGUUCCUCUCGACAUCACGUUGUACGUGUCCUAUGAUGCUUUUCGAGCUUAUUAUGUUAACAAGUAUGUUGAUCAUCACACAUUUGAAAUCACAUCAUAA